AGACAAAGCCACGAGAGAGAGAGAGAGAGAGGGAGAGGGAGAGAGAGCGAGAGAGAGAGAGAGAGAGAGAGAGGGAAGAAAUGUCUGACUUUGUCGCCAAGACAACGGGCUAAAGAGGAGAGAGAGGAGCACAAUAGAGGAGGAAAACACAUCUUUGUUUAGUGCUGAGACUCCCUGACUGAGUGUGACUUGAUACUAUUGAUAUCCAUCAUUCUAGAUGACAUUGUGGACCCAGAAGGCCUGAGUGGGCUGACCCCCUCCGUAUCGCACCUGGUAUCCUCCAUAGCCUCAGGCCCCAACCAUGGACGAUGACGAGACGCUUUUGUUGGACACAAGCUGGGGAGAUGAUGAUGAUGAUGAUGAUGAGGUGGGGGUGAGGCGUGCUGAGAUGCCAUGCGGGCCGUGGAGGGCAGUGGCCUGGGUCUACACGCAGCCCUGUGCCAGCGGGGUGCUUUCAACCAUCUUUGUCCUCCUCCCUUGCACCUUGUUUGCCUUCAUGCUCCUCUACUGCCCCCCUCUGGACAUUGACCUCUCCUACAGUGCCUUCGAGGUCCACAGUCACUUCUCAGCGGAGCGUUUCGACGCCCUGGCCAUUGCCGUGAAGACCCAGCUGGGCUCCUGGGACAGACGUAGAAGAGACGCGGACGGCGAGGACCUGCAGGAGAUACCCGAGGACGAGCAGGAGGUCAACAGGACGCGUGAUGAGGCCUCCAGGUCAGGAGGUUGUUUGAGACGGUCCCUUCGGGGGCGCCGCUUCGCUCCCAACUACUACCUCCAGAGUCAGGCCCUGUGGAGGAUGGAGUUGGUGUUUGUGGCUCAGGGCGACGGAGAUCGCAACAUCUUCACCCCCGAGCGCCUGAAGACCAUCCACCACGUGGAGCGGCUCAUCAUGCAGCAUCCACAGUUCCACCAGUUCUGUUGGAAGCCCAUGGAGGUGUUGCGAGACCUCCCCCUGGGGCCCUCCUUCUGCUCGCCGCCCAGCUCGCUCCUGUCUUACCUCUACCCCAGCGAGCGAGCGGGGAAAAUCUACUACGACGGCAUGGGUCCAGAUCUGGCUGAUAUCCAAGGUUCCCUAAGCUUGGCCAUCACCCACCCUCAGUUCUACUGGUACGUGGAUGAGAGCCUCUCCCCCGAGCACCUCUCCUCGCCUCUCCUGCGAAGUGAAAUCCACUUCGGCGCCCCUCUGCCGUCCUACAACUCCCUGCAGGAUCGCGUGGACGAGCAGAGGAGCCACUUUAAAAACUUUGUGGUCCAGUACGCAGACAUCCUGGCCAAGCAGUCCACCAGCCAGGUGAAGGUUCUGUACGGCGGGACGGAGCUCUUUGACCAUGAAGUGCGACACACCUUCAGGAAUGACAUGAUGCUGGCUGUCAUCAGUGGAGCCUGCAUCACGGUGCUGGUCUACAUCCUGACAUCCUUCUCUGCGUUCCUCACCUUCUUCGGCCUGGCCAGCAUCGGGCUGAGUUGCCUGAUGGCGCUCUUCUUGUACCACGUGGUGUUUGGCGUGAGGUACCUGGGCAUUCUCAACGGCGUGGCCGCCUUUGUCAUCAUUGGCAUCGGGGUGGAUGAUGUGUUUGUGUUCAUCAGCACCUUCAGACAGGCCGCACACCUUCACCACCCUCAGCAGCGCAUGGUGUACACCAUCAAGACGGCCGGCCGAGCCACUUUCCUCACCUCCUUCACCACGGCGGCCGCCUACGCCGCCAGCACCUUCUCCAAGAUCCCGGCUGUGCAUGACUUCGGCCUCUUCAUGGCGCUCAUCGUCAGCUGCUGCUGGCUUUGGGUUUGUGCGCUGAUGCCGGCCGCUCUGUGCAUCUGGACUCGCUGGGUGGAGCCUCGCGAGCACGCCUGCUUGCACCGAUGGAAGUCAACGAGCCAUGGCCCUCUGUCGGAUGAGGAUGACGACGUGGCGCUGCUGUCGGUGGAGAUGGAGCCUGGCCCCCUGGAGGGAGACAUGGAUGUUCUGUCCCUGUCGCUGGAGACGCCCCUCAGCCUUGCAGGACAUCCGCACCUGGGGGUGGUCAGCACCAAGCUUCAGUGGGCCCUCAAGCAUUUAGUGGGCCAGCCAGUUGUGGAGAGGAGGAGAACUAUUCUAGGUGUCUUCCUCCUGGUCCUGCUGCUGUCUGCUGGCUGUUGCUGCCUGCUGAGGCCAGCUUCUCAUGCCCCAUUACUGUUCCGCCCGGACACUAACCUCCAGACUCUUCUGGCUCUGAGGAGCAACCUGAGCGGUCAAGGCAUCUCCUGCCCCAUGUGCUCAGGUGUCUUCAUGGAGAAGCCGCAGUCUUUGUCCUCGUCGGCCUUCAGGACGUCCACACAUGGGCAGAACUGCAGCGCAAAGACCAGCACUGCUGCUCCUUGGACCACAACACUUGCUAACUUUAGCAGCAACCAAACAGCAUUUUUACUCACAGUGUUUGUAUCGAAGUUGAAUCUCAGAAGUUCCACAACGGUUUACCGCUUCUCCCUCAACGCCAGCACUCCUUCCCCCUGGCAGCUGUGCAGCACGGACCAUGACCAGGUGCCUUUGUUUCAGGCCUUCAGUCAGUCAUGGCAGAACUAUACCCGAAGAAUGACCGUGUGCGUUUCCCACGACUACCACCCUUACCCCAGCUGGAUGAUGACAUCUCGAUCAUGUGACCGCCGCCACAACUGGAUGCCCGACUUUUCCUUUUUCGUGGCGGCGUCGCCGCAGCAGAGCAGCAGGAAGCUGCACUUUGCACAGCAUAAACUGAGGCCUCAUCCCACCCGAGUGUGCGUCAGCCCGCCUGGCUGCGGCGUCCGUGGCAUGCCUGACGGACCCACACGGGGAAGCUUUUAUUCUCCACUUCCCAGAGGUUCUACCGCACGACCCCUCACCCUCUCCAAGACGUCCGGUUUCAACCCGUGCAGCGGCGGCGCCUGUGGCCUCCCGGCCAUGCGGCCCCUGGUGGACACGGGCGCCAUGGUUUUUGUAGUCUUCGGCAUCUUGGGGGUGAAUCGGACGGAGCGCCGAGACAAUCACGUCCUUGGCGAUAAUGGCAACGUCAUAUUGGAUCCCGAUUUUGACAUUUUCAAGGAGAUGGGAAAUCUUUGCAAAAUUUGCAAGGCAGUGAGUGCAAAUAAACAACUUGUGAAGCCCGGGGGAGCACAGUGUCUGCCUUCAGGCAACAAACUGGCCUCCGUCCUGCCUCUUUUCCAUCCGGAGUGUCACUCUCUCCCGGAGCCCAACCUCCUUCCAGGCCAGCUGUCCCAUGGCGCAGCAGGGAUGCACGCAGGCAAGGUCCGCUGGCUCUCCAUGGCAUUCGAAUCUACAACGUACAAGGGGAAAUCCUCCUUCCGGACUUAUUCCGACUUCCUCCGUUGGGAGACUUUCAUCCAGGACCAACUGUCCUCGCUGCCCCAGUCCUCGUCUCUAAGACGAGGAUUCCAGACCUGUGAGCACUGGAAACAGAUCUUCAUGGAGAUCCUAGGAGUGGAGAGCGCCCUUUGGAGUCUGCUGCUCUCUCUGGCCAUCUGUGUGGCGUCCGUCUCUCUCUUCACCGCGCACCUUUUUCUCCUCCUUCCAGUCCUUGUCACCAUCCUAGGAGUGGUCUGUCUGGUGGGAGCCUUCAUGUACUGGCUGGGCUGGGAGCUCGGAGCAGUGGAGGCCAUUUCUCUCUCCAUCCUUGUGGGCUCGUCAGUGGACUACUGCCUGCACCUGGUAGAGGGAUACAUGCUGGCCGGGGAAGCAGCGCCCCCUACUCGAGGCACGGAUCCGGCGGCGGCGAGGCAGAGCCGCAGCGUAGAGGCAGUCAACCAUGUGGGCGUUGCUAUAGUGUCCAGCGCCGUUACCACGGUGAUCUCCACGGUCCCGCUUUUCUUCUGCGUCAUCGUGCCUUUCGCCAAGUUCGGCCAGAUCGUGGCCAUCAACACCGCCGUCUCCAUCUUCUUCACCCUCACCGUCACCGUGGCCAUGUUGGCCAGCGCCGCCCCCGCCGCUUUCCGCAGGACCCCCUGCGGCGUGCUGAAGGCCGCCCUCGCCGUUAUGACUGCCGCGGCCGCGGGGGGAGCUCUGUGGUGGGCCGGGGGGCAGGUAGGGGUGUGGUGAUGAUGUAUUAUCUUGGAUCUUUUCUUUGCACCAUCACAACAAUUACACUUAAUAAAAAUACACUUUCUCUUUUUUCACAAUGCAAGGACAAUAUUUCCUACACUAUUGGCCUGUCUCACAAACACAAACAUGACUUUCCACUCAUUUCUUUGUAGGUGUGCUGUGGAAGGAUGCAAACAUUCUUGAUUAUGAACCAGGAAGUAGUCAGCUAGCUAAGAAAUGAAAAGACACAAAAAAACGGCAUUCAACUAUUUAACACAAACAACUAAGGAUCAUUUAGAAUCUACUUUUCAGUUUGUUUUUAGUUACUUUUCCCCCUGGCAAACAAUGAAGAUGGUACAAAAUGGUACAUCUUUACGUACAACAAGAUUUUUACUUCAUGACGUCCAACAUGUUUGCUGUACACUGCUGAUACUUCAGUGAGUGUAUGUCACACUCAAUAACUGUAUUGAUGCUGCACUAAUACAGAUAUGUGCCAUCUGAAUAAAUAGCAGGAUUACCCCACAAA